UUUAAAAUAAUUGAUAGUGAGUUGGUCACAUAUUAUUUAAAAAAAAGGUUAAGGGAAAAUAAAAUAAUUUUAAGCGUUGCUGCCAAUUUAAUGCGUUCGCAAAGUGUAUGGUCUUUGGAACAUUCCAGUACCUUUUGGGAAGUAGACUGCCAGAGUAAUGGGGACAAGUUUUUCAAAAAUAAUUUCCGAAUGGAAAGAUCCUGCUUUGAAAAAUUGUGCAGCAAACUUGAAAAAAUAGCCAAAAGAAAAACGAACUAUCGAAACCCGAUUUUACUAAAAAAGCGCGUGGCAAUUGCUCUGUAUGCACUAGGAUCUUCUAGUGAAUACAGAUCAAUUGGACAUUUGUUUGGAGUAGGCAAAGCAACUGUUUGCAAAAUACUCAUCGAGUUUUGCAAUGAAGUUAGGACAUCUUUGGCUCCAAUAUAUUUGAAAAAUUUUCCACUGACAAGGGCGCAAAUUGAGAAUGGAGUCGCAGAUUUUAAUGCAAUGGGCUAUCCACAAUGUAUUGGAGCAAUAGAUGGAUGUCAUAUUGAAAUUCAUCCAAGAAAGGAAGAAGCCAUUGAUUACUACAAAUACAAAGGGUGGUAUUCCGUAGUACUAUUGGCUUUGGUAGACGCAAAAUAUAGAUUUGCUUAUAUACAUUGCGGCAGUCCUGGAAGAUGCAACGACUCCGGAAUUUUUGAAAAAUCAUCGCUAAAGCGCGAGUUGCAAAGUUGUGCACUUCUUGAUGAAUUGAGCUUGCUGUAUGGAUCCACAAAAAUACCAGUCCAUAUUAUAGGGGACUCUGCUUUUCGUCUCUCUCAGCAUUUAAUGAAGCCAUAUCCUACAAAGAGUCCAAUUGGUUUAAAUCUGAAAAACAACUUUUCACCAGAACAAUAA